ACAGAAUAGAUAGACAAAGAGAAAGAGAGGAAGUGAGAGAAAGAAAUAGAGUGGAGGGAGAGGGGGUAGGAGGGAGAAGGAGCGAGAAAGACAAGUAGACGAAGGAAGAUAAGAGAGGGAGAAAGAGAAGUCGAGCAACGUCGCAAGAGAAAAGAUCUGUCAUCAGGAUUUUAUUCGGUCCUCUCUCUUUCUCUCUCUUUCUCUCUCUCUCUCUCUCUCCGCGUGCGUGAAUGACAAGGUAGAGAAAGAAGAAUUUUAAGAAAGGAGGAGGAGGAGGAGAAUAGGAGGAGGAAAAGAAAAACAUCGUUUUUCCUUACUAUCGUGCGAAUCCUUUUUAUUUUUAUUUCUUUUUUUUGUCCUCGGAAUAAGUCGCGAUUAAAGUUUCGGUAAAGAGUUCGUCGUGGUCGUAACGCGAAAAGAAAGACAACGCAUUGUCCGCACGUCGGCCGCACAUGUGAUCGUCCAAGGUGUCACCAUCAGCUCGAGAUGAAGAAGUUUACGAUCAAAGGGGUGCUCGACGGUUUCCGUUCGUCGAUGCCUCAACCAACUAAAUCUGAUCAGGAGAUCGUUGAAAAUCUCAGAUCCGAGCAUAUUCAAGUUAAAAAGACAUUCAGACAUGGGUUUCCACAUCAACCGACAGCCGUUGCUUUCGACCCAGUUCAAAGGCUCCUUGCGAUUGGUACUAAAUCAGGAUCCCUUAGGAUUCUGGGCAGACCAGGCGUGGACGCUCACGUAAAACACGAAGGGUGUACGGCGGUGAUGCAGUUGAAGUUCCUGAUCAACGAGGGUGCCCUUAUUUCUGCUACAACCGACGACACUCUUCAUCUAUGGAACUUUCGUCAGAAGAUACCGCAGGUAGUGCAGAGUCUGAAGUUUCAACGAGAUAGGAUAACCUGCAUCCAUCUGCCGCUUCAGAGCAAAUGGCUUUAUGUCGGUACCGAACGUGGCAAUAUUCACAUACUCCACAUCGAAACGUUCGUUCUAUCCGGAUACGUAAUUAAUUGGAACAAGGCUAUUGAAGUAUCUAGAAAGACCCAUCCUGGUGCUGUAGUACACUUGAGUGAUAAUCCUUUAGAUUUGAGCAAGAUGCUGAUCGGAUAUGAGAGUGGACAGAUAGUCCUUUGGGAUUUGAAAACGAAGAGCGCGGAUUACAGAUGUCAUAGCGACGAACCCUUGAAAUCAAUAACAUGGCAUCACGAAGGCAAACAAUUUAUGUCUAGUCACAACGAUGGUUCGCUAUUGACUUGGACGGUGCGUCAAUUAAAGCCAACAAAUGUCACGCAUCCACACGCGAAAGCUACCAAAGAGGGAGAACCGGAACCCUGUAAAUCUAUACAAAAAGUGGAAUGGAAAGUGUCAAGAUCCGGGGAGGCGUACGUCAUAUUUUCCGGUGGUCUAGCGUACGACACAACUGGAAGGACACCUAGUAUUACGGUUAUACACGGAAAAACCACGACUGUUUUAGAAAUGGAGCACAAUGUUGUAGAUUUUAUAACGCUUUGCGAUAGUCCUUGGACAAGUGAUUUCCAGGAUCCUUACGCUGUUGUGGUUUUACUACAGAACGAUCUCGUGAUCAUCGAUUUGUUAACAUCAGGAUUUCCAUGUUUCGAAAAUCCAUAUCCAAUGGACAUACACGAAUCUCCCGUAACUUGUUGCGCGUAUUUUGCCGAUUGUCCUUCGGAUUUGGUACCUGCAUUUUAUUCGGUUGGAUCCAAAUCGCAAAAGAAAACUGGAUUUAGCGAAAAAGAAUGGCCGAUCUCGGGCGGAGAAUGGAGUUCUAGUUCGAGCAGUUACAAUGAAAUUAUUAUCACAGGGCACGCGGAUGGUAGUAUAAAAUUUUGGGACGCUUCUGCCGGUACGUUACAAGUUCUUUACAAAUUGAAAACGGCGAAACUUUUUGAAAAGAGUAGAGCCAGAAGCGUUGACUCGGAGGAAGAUCCAUUGGCGAUACAACUCAUUUACCUUUGUCCUGAAAGUCGAAAGUUGGCGAUCGCUGGCUCGGGAAAAUACGUUGUAUUGUUUAAAUUUAAAAAAGCCGAAAGUAUGUCGGAAGUAGUCACAUUAGAAGUACCAUUGAGCCAAAAUCUAGCGAGAGAAACAGAAAAUUCACCGGAACAUGAUGCGCCAGCGACGGGAAAUGUUACUUCAACCGGAGAAUCUAAACACACGUCGGAAUAUAAUCAUCCGUUGAAAGUUAAAAGUGGUUUGCAAAAACGUGCUGCCGGUUUUCAAGCAACAUUGAUUUGUUUAACUAUCGCACCGAGCGGAGAACAACCUGAAAACAUAACAGCCCUCAGUUUAAAUUCAUCCUACGGAUUAAUGGCCUAUGGAAACGAGACAGGGUUAGUAAUAAUCGAUAUCGUGCAGAAAAUCACUUUGAUCGUGUUGCAUACAACAGACCUUGGUGGAAGCGGUGAUCCCUACCAACGAGUUCUACGAAGUCCCAAGCGGCAAGAUGACUCCAAGCGAGAAAACGAAGAUAAAGCGAGGAGCCCGAGUGCAGAUCAGCUAACUACUAUGUGCCUACCCACAUUGAAACAAACUCAGCCGGAAGCUACGAGGGAGAGCGAGCCAGUAUUAACGAUGCUGCUACCAGAUUCUCAUCAUCAACAGCAACAGCAACAACAGCAACAGCAACAUUCACAAUACCAGCGGGCAUCGCCACGUGAUUCGAGUUGUGCGAUUGAAAAAUUGACCGAGGAAUCGGCUAGCGAGGGCUCCUCGGCCAAAUCCCAUUUUGGAAGUUCAACAACAUCGAAUGGCGAGGAUAGCCCGAAGAAUCAUGGUUGGAAGGGUUUUCGUCUUAAACGCCAACUCAGCAAGGUCGAUCUCAAGAUAAAGAAUACAUUUGCGUCGUCCUUGGUGUCAUCUCAGAAUGGGCAGGUAGGGAACGAGAGUGCUACUCAGAAGAGUUCUUCCGUUUUUUAUUGCAACGUCAACGAGUCCUCGAGAGUCCUUUCCCCGGUCGAAAGUCUUGAGACGGAGGAGGAGGAGGAGGACGAGCAUCCCUGUGCGAAUACCUCGGGUCGCGAGAGUCCUCAAGGUUCUUCUUGUCAUCGUGAUACGAAAAACGCGGAUAGCGAAAACGAGAGACAAAACGUUGAACGUAACGAAACAGGAACAACUAACGUUACGACAACGAAUAUUACGAGUAGUAGUAGUAGUAGUAAUAGUAGUAGUACUACUACGAGUACUCUGGCGAGUACUACUACGAACACGAUGGCCGUUAGACCAUUAGAAUUGUCCUUGCACGAGAAUGAUCGAAAGCCACGAUUGAAGAGGAUAGUGAUGGGGAUACAGAGUAAGAGAGAGGGACGUCUGCUAUCCGUGCCCAAUCUGAAAUACCAGAAAACCGAUGGUACUACCGUUUGCGACCUGAGAUGCGAGGAUAACACUGCUCCCGUCGCUGACUCCUUCACCGGAAAUCUUAUAAGAAGAUUCAGCCGGAUAGACAAAUUUGACGGUUCCUUUCAACGGUCACGGAGCUCAAGCAUGUCCUCGCUUGAGAACAUCACCACGGAAACCAUUAGCUGCCUUACGUUCGCUGAUUCCUAUACGAAGAAAAGCGAUACCACCACUUUACCCACUUUAUGGGUUGGUACGUCUCUGGGAUCCAUACAAACCGUUGUAUUCAAUGCACCUGCCCCAGGCGAAAGACACGCAUAUCCUGUGGUUGUUUCUACAUGUAAUGGAUCGACGUUUAAGUUGAAGGGUUGCAUCCUAUCGAUGUCAUUUCUGGAUUGCAAUGGCGCACUUAUCCCGUAUUCUUUCGAAUCCUGGAAAGAUGAAAAUGUCGAUGGAGGAAAAGAACGUAAUAAGAACCAAGGAAAAUGCAAUAGCCGAUUAUCACCGUCCUUGAACACUCAAGUUACGACCGGGGACGGUUUCGAAGAUCGACAAUUUGUCGUUUUGACGUCUGAGAAGCAAGCUAGGGUCGUGGCUUUACCCUCACAAGAUUGCGUUUAUAGGCAACAAUUGGCGGAAACUCAUAUUGUAAUCAAGGCGGAGGUUACCACUUUGAAAGAUAACGUCUGUCUGGUAUGUUACGUUUCAAACGGUCACAUAUCUACGUAUAGUCUACCCAGUCUCAGGCCGCUAAUAGACGUCGAUUUUUUACCACUUACAGAUCUGAGUUUUCAGACUACAAAACACGGCAUUGUAGACCCCAUGUUGUCCAUAUGGGGUCAUCAACUGUUUGUUAAUGGCGAUACCGAUCAGAUUGCGAAGACUCUUUGCUUCAGUAAUCGUGGCCACGGUCUGUAUCUAUCAUCACCUGCGGAAAUACAGAAGUUUUCAAUAUCAAGCGAGUUCUGCGGAGAGUUGACCGAAAUGAUGGGAGAUUUGUUUACUGGUCACGAUAUGCCGGAACCACCUAAAGAAAGUUUCUUUAGGGGCUUGUUCGGUGGUGGUACGAGAAGUCUCGAUAGAGAAGAGUUGUUUGGUGAAUCGAGUGGUCGUGCCUCUCGUACAGUGGCUAAACACAUCCCAGGACCGAAUGCAGCAACGGAGAAUAUGAGAGAACGGGUUACCGGAAUUGCUGGUGAAGUUGCUCAGGCACAUCAUAUGGUAGUGGAGCGUGGAGAAAAAUUAUCCCAACUCGAGGAACGAACGGCUCGUAUGAUGUCAGAGGCUGAAAACUUUUCAACGUCGGCACACGGUCUGAUGCUGAAGUACAAGGAUAAGAAAUGGUACCAGCUAUGAGAGUAUAGUCUGAUACGAAUCUGGAUGCGAUUCAUAUGGACGAGUACGGAAAUAACAUGCAAGUUAGCGUUUGCGAUUUAUCCAUGAGUUAUUAUCUCUUUGAUAAGAAAGCUAAAUUAAAUAUAUUACAAGCUCCGCGUGUAUGCUCUACGGCAAGAAAGAAGCAUGUAUGCGGGGCCAAAAAGUGAGUAGAGUGAAAGUAUUCAAGGGAGAGAGAGAGAGAGAGAGAGAGAGAGAGAGAGAGAAAGAAAGAAAGAAAGAAAGAAAGAAAAGAAGGAGAAUGAGGUUGAAUAGAUAAAAAUAAAUAUGAAAGAGAGAAGUUGAAUGUGCGAAUGAAUAGAAUAUAGGGUCGAGAUGAUAGGAAAAAAGAAAGAAAUACACAAACAUAUAUACACCACACAUAUUACACGUACACACAUUCAUGAUCAUCUGUGCUGGUCACAGGUUCUAGGUACGCACACAUUAGCGAAACGAAAUAGAGCGAAUGGUAGGUAGAGUAAAGCGAUUACACAUACCGAGGUCACUUCCCAACAUCAACGACAUUGAUCAUAUUCUUUAUCCAAAAAAAAAAAAACAUUAAGAGACGUGAAAGAGGCGGUUCUAUAAGAGCUUAUAGUACGAUCGCUUAAAAAAUCAUAAAGAGGCAAUGCGAUACGAGACGAGACGACGAUCGUGCUAUACAGGAGUCAAUACGAGCAAUUAUGAAAUAAUUCGCCUUUUAAUCAAUGGUACUCGUUAAUUCAUUCGGACGUCCUGCACCAACCUAUAUCUCAUUGCACUAUGGUCUUCUGUAUUGUCUAUAAAAUGAGAAGAAAAAAGAUACCACGAGAACAAGUGGGUUCGAGAGAGAAACGAUAAUAAAACAUCGUUAUACUUAUAAUCUCGUUUUACAUAAAAAAGAAGAUAGGAGUGUUUAAUCUCGAAUAGCGGAAAGUAUUAAAGACAUAGUAGUAAAAAUUUCAGGUGCAGCGACGUUAUCCUCCGAAUGUAUUGACAAUAAAAAUGUAGUUAAUUAGUCGAACGUGCAGAGCAUUGGGUAAAAACGCGUCGAACGAUGAAGUAUAUAUUUUAUCCACGCAGUCGGGUUUAGCAGGAGAAAACGGGGCACUGCGAGACCGCGUUAACGCCGAUAAGAAUGUAUAAUUGUUAUCGAUUGUAGUUACUGCUAGACACGCUAAUGUAUAUAUAUACAAUGGAAUGAGACAAAAAUUAAGAAUACACAUACACAUAUACAACACACAACAUACACACACACACACACAAAAGUAGGAAAGAUUCUGCGUUAUAAAAGCUGUUUAUAUAUAUAUAUACAUAUAUAUAAACAUAUAUAUAUAUACGAUAUAAUGUGUUAUAAGUUACGCUACUUCAGCGUCGUUGGUGAAUUCAAAUGAAUUUGUAGUGCAUAAAUGGCACGGAAAAGGGGGAAUACUAUUAUAAUUUUAACUGUACGUAUAGACUAGAUAACAUAAAGACAAUAUGAUAGACACACGUGCGUCCCGGAUGCGUGCGCGUGCGCGCGCGCGCUUGUGCGGCUGCAAGAAAUUCAAUUGAAUUUAUCGAGAUUCUGAAUCAACGUACUGCUUCCAUAGCAAUAAUUGUAUAGUCGAUGUUAAAGGUACUAAUCACUUGCAUUAUUACUUAUAAAUGCAUCCUACAGACGAUUUACUAGAAUGCAUUCUUCGAGUUGUUUAAACUUCGUGGUAUGAUCUUUCUUGGACAAUAUACAUAUAACCAAAUCGCAUUGAAUUAAUCCCGUUAUUGUAUCGUGGGAUGUCUUCAUUAUCAAUUAUUAGUACAAAACUCGCGAACUUGGCGAGUCGUUGGAGACUUAAUAGGCGGCAUUUACGAGAAAAAAUAUAAUAAUGGAAACAUGUUAUUCGACGAUCGAGCGGCUAAUAAGAAACUUUCGGUUGUUUGAUAGGUACACUACAUUUAUGCUAUCCUACAUCUAGAGGAGUCAUUGCUCUUUGGAAAUCGGAGAUUCUGCAUGUGAGCGAUUUAAUGAUAAUAAUAUAUUAACAAACAAACAAAAUAUAACAAAUUCAUAAGUGGAAGUCUGUUUGAACGCCCGCGCUAUGGGAAUGAACGUUUCGGAUAGGCAAAAGAAAGUGUUUUUUUUCCGGACUUCUGUGAAAGUGGAAGGUCGUUUACUGCUCUAAUAGUGGAACGGUAGUUAAAUGUGCCAUAGUUAUGAAGGAAUGGAAAUAUAUAUUACCAUUUAAGUGUUUGAUAAUAUAAUAUACUCCACAACUUCCGUUGUACACUGCUAAAUAUCAUACUUUACAGAUUUCGACUACUUAUCUUACAAUUAGUCGCAUCGAAACCUGCAAAGAUGUGUUUGAAACUAAUCAUUUCUCGCGAUAUAUAAAACGUAGUUUCAGUUAUACUUAUAUGUAGCUAACUCUUCUCUACUUUUAUUUUGGUUCUUUGAAUCAUUUUCAUACACGGUGCUUGUAAUCUUCGAUUGGUAAUUAUUUAGUGGAAACAGAAAGCUGAAGAAACUGUCUGUUGUAUAUCUUCAUAUCACGAUAAAACUAUUGUCACGUACUUGAUUGAAUAAACAUUAAUUUUGCCUAUUC